AUGUGUGAGAUAUUCCCAGAAGUGGAAACAUGUUGCGCGGUAGUUUCCAUAAGAGUUGGAAUGCUAUUAAUAUCAAUUUUAGCAAUAUCCACGGGAACGAUAACUCUCAGCAUAAUGGAACAGAGGACGAAUAUAAAUCUCGAAAGUGUAAUGCAUAUGUACAGCAAUGUCUCUAACAUCACCAGCCCGGAGCAGGCUCUUUCAGAGCUGAGCAACUUGAUCACCACUAGCGUUUCAGCAAUGUCCGUCAUCUUCAUAACGGCUGGCGUGUUCCUGUUGUUCUCAACCCUAUCGGACCAAGAAGGUUUUGCUCAAAUAUUCGUGUGGCUAACAGUCCUGAACAUUAUGAUCGGACUUAUAAUGGUUUUUGCGAUAUCUUUCGAAUGUGUCUUACAGACAAAAUGUUUGCUCGGCAAUAUGGAUUGGCUUUCGGCUGCCACUUCGCUUGUCGUUAUGUGUGGUAUUACUUUUGUUGCGUGGCAAACAGUUACGUACUCAAUGGAUACACUUAACGAAAAUACUCAAAAAUUGACCUCCACCCAAUAUUAG